CAACACAACGUUCUACGUUUGGCAAACAACGUGGACAUAUUGAACUGAAAUAAGUUGUUAUGCUGUGCAACACGUUCCACUGAGGGUUAGUUCAAUUGAGAGUUAGUUCCACUGAGGGUUAGUUCCACUGAGGGUUAGUUCCACUGAGGGUUAGUUCCACUGAGAGUUAGUUCCACUGAGAGUUAGUUCCAUUGAGAGGUAGUUCCAUUGAGAGUUAGUUCCACUGAGGGUUAGUUCCAUUGAGGGUUAGUUCCAUUGAGGGUUAGUUCUAUUGAGGGUUAGUUCCACUGAGGAUUAGUUCCACUGAGAGUUAGUUCCAUUGAAGGUUAGUUCCAUUGAGAGUUAGUUCCACUGAGGGUUAUUCCAUUGAGGGUUAGUUCCACUGAGGGUUAGUUCCACUGAGGGUUAGUUCCAUUGAGAGUUAGUUCCAUUGAAGGUUAGUUCCAUUGAGAGUUAGUUCCACUGAGGGUAAGUUCCAUUGAGGGUUAGUUCCACUGAGGGUUAGUUCCACUGAGGGUUAGUUCCAUUGAGAGUUAGUUCCACUGAGGGUUAGUUCCACUGAGCGUUAGUUCCAUUGAGCGUUAGUUCCAUUGAGAGUUAGUUCCACUGAGGGUUAGUUCCACUGAGGAUCAGUUCCAUUGAGAGUUAGUUCCAUUGAGAGUUAGUUCCACUGAGGGUUAGUUCCAUUGAGGGUUAGUUCCAUUGAGAGUUAGUUCCAUUGAGGGCUAGUUCCACUGAGGAUUAGUUCCAUUGAGCGUUAGUUCCACUGAGCGUUAGUUCCACUGAGGAUUAGUUCCAUUGAGAGUUAGUUCCAUUGAGAGUUAGUUCCACUGAGGGUUAGUUCCACUGAGAGUUAGUUCCACUGAGAGUUAGUUCCACUGAGAGUUAAUUCCACUGAGGGUUAGUUCCAUUGAGAGUUAAUUCCAUUGAGCGUUAGUUCCAUUGAGAGUAAGUUCCAUUGAGAGUUAGUUCCAUUGAGAGUUAGUUCCACUGAGGGUUAGUUCCAUUGAGAGUUAGUUCCAUUGAGAGUUAGUUCUAUUGAGGGUUAGUUCCACUGAGGAUUAGUUCCACUGAGGAUUAGUUCCACUGAGGGUUAGUUCCACUGAGGGUUAGUGCCACCGAGGGUUAGUUCCACUGAGGAUUAGUUCCACUGAGGAUUAGUUCCACUGAGGGUUAGUUCCAUUGAGGGUUAGUUCCAUUGAGGGUUAGUUCCACUGAGGGUUAGUUCCAUUGAGAGUUAGUUCCUUGAGAGUUAGUUCCACUGAGGGUUAGUUCCACUGAGGGUUAGUUCCAUUGAGAGUUAGUUCCACUGCGGGUUAGUUCCAUUGAGAGUUAGUUCCAUUGAUAGUUAGUUCCAUUGAGAGUUAGUUCCACUGAGGGUUAGUCCCACUGAGGGUUAGUUCCAUUGAGAGUUAGUUCCAUUGAGGGUUAGUUCCAUUGAGGGUUAGUUCCAUUGAGCGUUAGUUCCAUUGAGGGUUAGUUCCACUGAGGGUUAGUUCCAUUGAGAGUUAGUUCCUUGAGAGUUAGUUCCACUGAGGGUUAGUUCCACUGAGGGUUAGUUCCAUUGAGAGUUAGUUCCACUGCGGGUUAGUUCCAUUGAGAGUUAGUUCCAUUGAUAGUUAGUUCCAUUGAGAGUUAGUUCCACUGAGGGUUAGUCCCACUGAGGGUUAGUUCCAUUGAGAGUUAGUUCCAUUGAGGGUUAGUUCCAUUGAGGGUUAGUUCCAUUGAGCGUUAGUUCCAUUGAGGGUUAGUUCCACUGAGGGUUAGUUCCACUGAGCGUUAGUUCCAUUGAGAGUUAGUUCCAUUGAGAGUUAGUUCCACUGAGGAUUAGUUCCAUUGAGGGUUAGUUCCACCGAGGAUUAGUUCCAUUGAGGGUUAGUUCCACUGAGGAUUAGUUCCAUUGAGGGUUAGUUCCACUGAGGAUUAGUUCCAUUGAGGGUUAGUUCCACUGAGGGUUGUUUCCUUUGUUUUGCAUCGGAGGCAAUCGAUUCCGAAUGUCGCGCGCAAUGGAAUCGAUUCCCGCGGCCUUGGUAACGACGCGAGCGGAGUGGGAGACGCCGAUUCAGCUGCAGGCGAAGCAGCGACUAUUAACAACAGCGACAAUUAAACAACAACAGCGACAAUUAAACAACAACAUAGACAGCCAGCAUCCACUCGCAACGUUUUAAAGCUGCACGCCGCCUCUCAGCGCUGUUGAAACUCGCUUACAUCCUGUGCCUCAAUGGAGCGUGUUGCAUUCGGUUGAAUUAGACAUCGCACGGCUGCCGAAAGUCCGAAUUAGAUCGUUCAAGGCAAUUAUAUUAAUACCGGGAUACGUAAGUGUGUAGAGCCAUGGAGCGCUACACGAUGGUGUCUCAGAUCGGCGAGGGUUCGUUUGGUAAGGCCAUGCUCGUAAAAUCCAAGGCUGAUGGACAUCUUUACGUCAUCAAAGAGAUCAACAUCUCCAGGAUGUCGCCAAAGGAGCGGGAUGAAGCCAGGAAGGAAGUUUGUGUUUUGGCCAACAUGAGACAUCCCAAUAUUGUGUCCUACAAGGAGUCUUUUGAGGAACGGGGCAAUCUAUACAUUGUAAUGGACUAUUGUGAAGGGGGAGAUCUCUUCAAGAGGAUCAAUGCUCAAAAGGGUGUCCUGUUUUCUGAGGAUCAGAUCCUGGACUGGUUAGUGCAGCUGUGUCUGGCUCUUAAACAUGUUCACGACCGCAAGAUUCUGCAUCGCGAUAUUAAGUCACAGAACAUUUUCCUGACCAAGGCUGGCGUUGUUCAACUCGGAGAUUUUGGGAUUGCCCGCGUCCUCAACAGUACAACAGAGCUGGCUCGGACCUGUAUUGGCACCCCGUACUACCUAUCCCCCGAGAUAUGUGAGAACAAACCCUAUAACCACAAGAGUGAUAUGUGGGCACUGGGCUGUGUCCUCUAUGAGAUGUGCACCCUGAGACACGCAUUUGAGGCAGGGAACAUGAAAAACCUGGUGCUGAAGAUCAUCCGCGGCUCAUUCCCGCCUGUAUCGGCGCACUACUCGUCCGAGCUGCGCUCAACACUGUCGGGGCUGCUCCGGCGUGACCCCCGCGCCCGACCACCCGUUGCUGUAUUGCUCUCACGGCCCCUGCUUAUGGCGAGGGCACAAAGACUGAUGGUCAGUGAGCAGGAGCAAGAGGCAUUGAUUACGGGCCACCCCAACACGACUCCCGCUAGCCCAGUUGGUACACCAGCUCCUGCUGGUGCUGCUGCUGGCCCCUCUCACCCCCAAGGUGUGAAGCGAGCUGCCCCUGCCAUGGGCUGUGGGAAUCAAAAGGUGACUCGUCCUGCAGCCAAAUAUGGGAUUCCCCUUAGCAACUACUACCCUCGGCCAGCAAGCACACCUGAAAAUAUCAAACGGAAACAGCGGGAUCAGGAGAAAGGGAGCAACAGGAAGGAACAUCAGAAUUUAUUGAAGCAGGAGAAUGCACGCAGACUACAGAAACAGCAGGAACUGUACAUGCAGCAUGCACGCCAGCAGGGCUGGAGGCGAGUGCUGGCACCCCCUCAAGCUACCCCUGUUGUGCCGGCGGCACAGGUACCAAAGGUGUGUGUUGAACCGAGUGCUCAACAGCAAAAGGAACCAACACAAGUGGCUCAGAACAAAGAAGCCAAGUGCCCCCCUGACAGGGAGCGGCAGGUAAAAGAAUUCCAUCAGAGGAAAAGAGAAGCGGCUUUAAACAAGGCACGAGCACAAGGACGCCCCGUGUCAUGUGUCCCAAAGAGCAACUUUCCAGUCGUGUGCCACAGCAGAGAAGAAGAGGAGUAUUUAUUGCGUCUCAAAAAUAUCAGACUUCAAAACUUCAAUGAGAGGCUCGCACUACAGAAUCAGCAGGUGGUCGCAAAUAACAUGGGGGUAGAUCCAGCAGCUGUUCUGAACGAAGGAGAGUUAAGACAACGGAAGAUCCAAGCACUCAAGGAGCAGGCUGAUGCCCGAGCCACACAGCUCAAAGAGCUCCUGGAGAGGAAGAGGCGGGAGGCAUACGAGAGGGAGAAGCGCAUGUGGGAGGAGCACCUCGUUGUCAAGGGGGUGAAGGCUGCCCCACGCCCCGCGUCUGCUUCCUCUGCGCUGGGCCUCCCCCAUGAUGCAGGGGGCCCCAUGCCUCCAGAUGAGACCCCCACAGUCCCUUCUCAUCCCUCCACAUCCCUGACUGCAGCAUUCGGAGCAAUUGGAGUGGAGCAGCCCCUUCCAGCUGAAGAGCCAACAACAACCGAGUCCCACUUGUCUCCAACAAAGAAGGAGAAGCGUGAAAUAUUACGGCGUCUGAACAUGAACAUGCAAGCAGAGGUUUUGGAUGUGAAGGAGGGGGUAGUGGUCACAAAAGGGGCAAAGGUCGAAGAGGAAGUCAUGAAGAAGUCUGAGGGUGCGGUGGAUUCAGAGGUCGUCAAGGGAUCAGAGGUUGGGGAGGAUGCCAUGGCUCACCAUGUGGGUGACCCUGGCCCCCACAGCCAUGCUGGAGCCGAUUUGUCAGCUCACGACCUUCCGGCAAAGCACAGGCAGCGCUGGGGAUUUGGGAGAGAUCAAGGAUUGGGUCUCUCCCAUCUCUCCCUGGAGGAGACGGCUGGCGCUGUAGGGGAUGCAGAGAUAGAGGAGAGGAGACAGUGGGAGAGGGCCCAGCCGAGCACCGUAUUGAGGGCACUCAGAGAUGCUCCCAUCUCUACCACGCACACCCUACUCGGCAACACUGACAUCGAAGAUCUUGAGGCUGAGAGUUUGGAUGAGGGAGCCGUCAUCACUGCAGAUGCGAUCACAGUCCCUGCUCGUGAUGCAUGGGGUGGAGAUCCACAGAAGAGGGAAGAGAAGCAGGAUCCCAGCAUUCUCUCUGCAUCCUCGGCUAAUGAAAACGUUCAACUGGAUGCCGAGAGCUCUGUACUCAGUACCCACCCAGCAGCGCAGCCGCCAGACCACAAGUCUGACCCUCAAAGACUGUUCACCAGAGUUGCCCGUCCAGAAUUCCAAAAAGAGUCCAGUGUUUCAAGUGGAACUAAUUUUAAUUCAUGUGGAUCCUGUGAACCUGAGUUGCCAAUUCCCAAAGAGUCAACACAGCUAGGAUUGUCCCAAGAAAUGGAGAAGCAACAGGAUACAGAUCCUAAAAUUCCACUCUUCAAGGCAGAUGAAAGAUUUUCAUUGGGAACUCCAACAAGCUCUAGUGACUCCCAAGGGAUGCGUAGCAUGGACAAUGGAUUUUCACCAAUGCCAGAUCACCCUAGGCCUGGGAAUUCCAGAAAAUCGGGUAUAUGGCUGUUGAGGCCACAAGGCAACCUGUUCCCUGCAAAGCGAGGAGGGUGUUUUACCUCAGAAGAAGUGGUUCCAGCAAAUACUGUGGCAAAAUACCCAGUUGAAGGUCCCAAAGAGUCUAUAAUUCCUGAGGUGGGAGAGGAAGCAGAAGAAAAUGCCCCAUUGAUACCUCAGCAUGAGGGAGGCUUAGGAAAAACAGAAAUGCUGGCUGCAGAAGAGUCUUUUUCAGAACAAGCAGCAGAUGGAACCUGUAUAGGCAUUGAUGGUGAGACAGAGACACAGACGCAGAGAGAGACAGGCUUAGAUAGAGAGAUCGCUAGAGAGAGCAGGGUAAAAGGAGAGACAAAGAAAGAGACAUCCAAAGAAGGUAAGAAUGGAAGUGAAACAUUGAUGGAAAGAGAAUCAUGGGGAGAAACACUCACACAAGGAGACACAAAGAGUGAGACAGUCAAAGGGAGUGGGACAGAUAUGGAAAAAUGGACAGAGAGAGGGACUAAGGGGGAAAUAGAGAAACAACCAGAGAGAGUGGAACAAGCAGAGACAAAGCAAGAGAAGGUGAUUGAGACAGCGGCCAUGGCGGUGAAGAAGGAGACACAAAUGGAGGAGGAGAUGGAGACUGCCCCAGGGAACAGGGGGAUGCCUGGGUCCCCACGCAGACACAGAGAGGGACACAUGGACCCGGUAGAGGCAUCCAGAGUUGACGGCUCAUCGCUGCUGUUGAGCCUCUCCCGUGGCCUCUUCGAUGUCUACAGCCCCAUGCAGAUGCUAAGGACAUGCUCCAUGCCUGACCUCCGCCAGGUCCAGCCAGGUCAUGGCGACCUGGGUUGUGUCGAGGCCGGGGACUACAAGGGUUCUGAUGGUUUUGUGCCCAGGGCAGCAAUCAAAGGGCAUCGCAGUAAUGUGGAAGAUCAGGGCAUGUCUAAAAGGGAGUCACUGGAAGAGGGAGACAUUGCCAAUGCAUCUGGAGAGGGCAGUGGUGAUAAUAAUGGUGGCACCGAUGGAGACAUUGCCAAUGCAUCUGGAGAGGGCAGUGGUGAUGAUAAUGGUGGCACCGAUGGAGACAUUGCCAAUGCAUCUGGAGAGGGCAGUGGUGAUGAUAAUGGUGGCACCGAUGGAGAUGACAGUGGUGAUGAGGAAAUUAUAGAGGAGUUAGAGAAGAACAGCAAGAAUUGCGGGGAGAUUCCAGAGGAAGAAUGCAUCAUUUCAGAUGGAGAUGAUGACGAGCUGGCUGAGUUACAGGCGUCUAUGGCUCAGCUUCUAGAGGAAGAGAGCGAUGAUGCUGAUCACACGGACGAACAAGAGGACAGGCUUAUUCAUGAGGACUGGCAGUCAGAUGAGAGUGAGGCAGAGGGAGGUGACAGCGUGUUUAGUCGCCUGGAGGCCAUGCGCGUGACACUCGAGACAGAGAUGGGCGUGGAGCGGUUUCUGGAAGCUUAUCGCACAAUUCAGGCAUCUCACGAAGACGAGGAUGAGUCUGUAGAGGACGUGAGUGUACGUGCACGUGAAAUGUUGGAGCCUGGCUUUGCUCAUUUCUACCAGAAGAUCUUGCACCUCGUCAUGGCUGAUGGAGCCUACCAGGAUAACGACGAGUAACUGUACGACGUCAAAACCGGAACCCAAACGGAAAACAAAUGGGGAGGAGCAAGCGAGUCAUGGGGUAUAUUGAAUACCCAAUCCAAACACACACUUGGCUGUCUGGGUUGUUUGACAUAAGUUUAAAGUUUCAAAAACAAGAAGUAAGCAUAAAUAUAAUUGUUUUCUAGAGCUCAAUAAACAUCAAUGUAGAAUACUUCACAAGACUGAUAAUAGAGGCACUCAAAAUUGCGAGUCUGAAGUUGCAUUACUAUUCUGGACUCUUUUUAUGUUUGUUGAUCAAUUUUAUAAUUUCUUCACCUUGUCAUGUGGUGGCUUUCACUUCUUUAUACUGUAUAAAUACUAUAUUUGUCACAAUGGUAAAUAAAGCAAUGUGGAUGCAAUGAGUUGUGCAGUUAAAAUCAAUAUAAACAUUUAAGUGUACAAAUUGCGAAAUAAAUCCAAGACUUAUUCUUGUAUAGAAUGGAAGGCUUUUGGAAAUUGAUCAUGAAAAGCAACACUUAGAAAUUCAUGCCAAAUAUAUACUUGACAUCGACAAAGAAAAGAAAACAAGGAAUUUGCCAACAAGCAUGUAGAAAUGCAUGCUAGAAAUUUCACCGAGACAGAAAAAGAUCAGGACACAUCGCUUAGAAGGAUUAUUGGCUGGUUGAAGCUGAUCUUAACCCUUAAUGCUGGACAAUAUUAAGCCGAAUAACAAACUUGGUAUUUGUAUUCUUGAGAUCUCAAAAUACAACUGGCUGUCAUAACAUGAACACCAUGUGUACACCGACUGCUUGUUAGUUUUUGUUUAAAUGCAGCUAAUUGUAACAAAGAUGACAUUCGAUUUCAUUGGAAAUGUAUUGCCACCCUCGUUAUUGCCCAAACUUGGCCUUUCACUUUGCUGUUAACGUGGGUUACAUUUUUAUAUAAUGGCAAAUGAAAUUAGCAUUUUCUAAAGCAUUUAUCAACAAACCAAUUUGUUGCAUUAGACAUUUCUCAAAAAUUGUAGAGUCAAAAAAGUGUGAGGACUAAAGCACCAGACAGCCAGCAAAAAACAGCUAAGCGUUUUGACCUCCAGCAUGUUGGUUGGUUGUGUCAAUGAGGAAACAAGUAAGUCUGGUAAACAGAGUCCUCAACAUGGGUGGAUAAUUCAUGAGGGAAGAUCAUUCGAACAGUAACUGGUAGCAAUGAGUAAUUAGAAGGCAUCAGAUUACUGGUGACCAAGAAACAAGUGAAUUGAUGAGUUGCUGUAUCAAUGUGACUGCAUUGCAUUGUUCUGUAUAUUGAACUUAUUUCGCACCGUACAUAGCAAACAGCUGAUCGGAGGUGCGGAGGAAGAACAAUAAACACAAAGGAGUUAUAAAAUAAUGCAUUUUAUAUCUAGAUUUAAAAGUGCAUAGCUCCAGUGGCUCCUAAUAUCAGAAGUGUGUUCCAUACGGCCCAAAAAGAGCAUCUAAAAGGACAAUUCAGUGACCGUUUUUGUUUGGUUAGCCAAAAUUUGCUGCGAGGAUGACUGGAGCUUGCUUGCUGGUUUUAUGCUCUUUGGUGAGAUCAGGGUAUUGUGGGUAAUUUUUGGCAAGCACUUUGUGUGGAAUAAGUGAGACCUUAUAAUAUAUUCGUUUGGCAACCGGAGGCGAAUGAAGCUCAGCGAGCACUGGAUGGACACGAUCGCAUCUUGCAGUAUCGGUCACGGCACGUGGCAAAAAAGUGUACACCCUGCAGCUUGGUAAUGUUUUGCAGCGAGGUAAUAAUUUGGGUGUUUAUCGCAGAUAUGAAAACAGCAUCAACUUUGACGUAAUUUGUGCAUGGAUAGGAACAAUUGUUCAGUUAACCAAAGGCUUUGGCAUGGAAACUAAAUCCAAACUUGGUAUUCUCAGCAGGAUUAGUAAUGCCACAGCAAUCCAUGAAAGAUCAGAGAUCAAUGCAACAAGCAGAUUAAUGUAUUUUAAUAUAAUUUUAUAUUUCUACAUACGUGACUUUACCAAAAAAACCAGAGUAAUUUAUGCAGUCACGAAAGCUUUAAUUCUUUAUUAGGCAGAUUAAUGGUUUAACUAUGCCUAGGAAUAACAUUGUUAAAUAAUAAGGCUAUGAAUAACAUUGUUAAAUGAGAACACCUGAUAUUUGCCAGCCAUAAGCGAUGCCGGGUUUUUUUGUUAUUGAACUUGGCCAGGGUAGCAAACGAGUUAAAUUGCAUUAGCUCAUGUUACAAUUCCAAUUCCCUAAUAGAUUACAUUAGGUGGUCAGCUAGACCACUCGUAAAUCCACCAUUUCCUCCAUGGCUGCAGGAAGGUGCUACAGUACUCAUGAGCAGUUGGUUUGAGCUGUGUGCCAAGAACAAGUAACUCUUCCUGAGAACAGCAGAAGCACCAUAAGCCUCAAUCUUGUUCAGAUGCAAAGAUUGGCUUCAGUUUUUCGCUCAUGAUGCAUAUUGAAUUGCGUACAUUUUUGAUUUGCAACGUUUUCUUCAUGAAAAUUAUCCCAUGUAUAAAAUGUGAUGCACGUGACAAAGCCAAAAUAGGAGGGCCAUAAACUUGAUGCAAAAUAUUCAGUAUUUAAUAGCAUUUUUUUUCAAUCAUGGGAGAUGCAAAUCGCUGCAUGCUGGACAAGGGUUGUGGGGAGGGAGUUUCCUGCCUUCUCCAUGCAGGAUGGUCAGGUCAGCCACCCUUUUUUUAAAAGACCGUUGCAAUCUGUAUUGAAACCUAAUUACUGCAUUUUAAACAAUUGACAGCUCCAAAUGAAAACGCAAUGAUGCUACUAAACAUUUUAAAUUUUAUUUUUUCUUGCGUGGUAGAGUUAUACAGUUAACAGAAAGCAUAUUUUUAUAAUCACUCUGGAUAUUCGUUGGGUUUACAGAGCUUCCAUCAACACCAGCUUACGUGUAUAACGAUAGUUUUAAUCAGAAGAAACCUUUAACAAUCACCACUUUAACCAGCAUUACUUUCAACAUAACAAUCACCUUCAAAAAUGUAUGCAUGUUAUUUAGCUGCGAUACACAGAAAACAUGCAGCACAUUACAUACAUCAAUGAUUCACCACAUUAAAUCAGGAACUAUUUUAACACCCAACACCGUGCAUCUUAAAACUAUAGACGGUGUUGUUUUAAGCUGAAUGAGACCUGUAGCGAAUAAAGGUCAGCAUUGACAAAGCUAAGUGUCAUCCAGCCAGGGCUAUGAUUACUGCCAGGAAACGUGCUCAAAAUGGGGAAUGGAACGAGAAUGAGACCAUGAAAAUACAAACUGGGGUUUGGAGAACGUGAAA